CCGACCGCCGCUCUCGCCCACUCGCCCGACAUGCGCCCUUCGCCCUCUUUCUUGUCGAGUGCAGCGCACGCCGUCCCGCGAUACCGCUCGCCGGCCCACGCGACCCGGCUCCCGCCGCCCAAGCUCCCCCUCUUCCGGAGCGUCGUCGCCCACCCGCCCGCGCCAUUCGCCGUCGAGGCGCACGGCAAGGCCAAGGAGGCCGCGGUCAAGCACGCCAACCCGGCCAAGGAGGGUGACAAGGAGGCAAAGGCGCCGGCCAAAGGCAAGGGCAAGAAGGCCGCAGCUCCUUCCGCCCCUCCCGCACCACCUCGUCCCCUCGUCGGCCCGCACCAGCUCCUGUACUCGACCGCGCCUCGACCCCUCAUCCCGCUCACCGCCUCGCCGACCAACCACAAGCUGUGGAACCCGCCCGCACCCGACUCGGCCCAGACGCGCUCGAUCGACAAGGAUGAGAGCGGCCGGCUCGCGCGCUUCGCCGGUCGGUUCGGCGGUGCGGCCCUGUCGGCCGAUGACAAGGCGGGCGACGCUGCAGGGGCGGCGGCGGCGGCAGCAGCGGCAGGAGGCGACAAGAAGGACGAUGGCCUGUUCGGCAUGGAGAGCGACAUGAGCUGGCUCGAGGGCGUCACGACGCAGAGCCCGGGCACGGCGCUCGGCAAGCGCGACGUCGUCGGACCGGCGAAGAAGGAGAAGAAGGGAGGCAAGAAGUAGUGCGCGUGCAUCGCAGCCGUUCCGCAUGCCGAGCUUUGUG